CUAGUGAGGGACUGGUUGGAGGUCCUGACAGCUGAGGGUGGAGGGAAUAGUGUGUCCAUUGCCUGGGUGUGUGUUUCUGCUUUCUCCACGCGUGUGCUCAUGCCUGUGUGUACUCAUGUCUCCAUUAUUGCACGUAUGUGCCUGCUUCCUUGUGUGUGCAAGAAUGUCCACUGUGCAAGGUAGCAUGCUUGUCACCAUAUCGUCUCUCUCAGAGGCUUUCAAUGUGCAGUGGCAUGUCUGCAGGGUCCAGUGACCCUGCCUGAAGAUGAUAUAUGCCUCUCUAUGUCCAUCUGCCUUGUCACCUCUGACCCUGUGUGCACGAAUAUAUAUCCCUGGGUUUGCCUUCUGUGUCCCAUGUCAAGGGCUUCUGAGUGUGCUUGCUGGCAGGCAUGUGCCUAUAUAUGUAUAUAAAUGAGCUAGUAUUGGCCUGGGUCUCUGUCAGUGCUGCCACAGUUGUCCAGGGUGUGCCUGGAUAUAGGCAAGUGUGUUGAGAGGGUAAUGAGGGUGGGGAGAGCAGGUUAAGUGUGCAGGCAUGUUGCCCAAGAUCCUUUUCUAUUAAUGAAGCUUUGGGGGCCCAAGGCAAGAUUUGUAGGCAAGAUCUGCCUUUCCCCUGACCUGGGAAAUGGAAAAGCAAGUUGAGAAAGGUUAGAAGAAAAAAAUCUGGACAGGAAAGGGGGAAAAGGAAAAGCUUGAGGAGAAAGUCAAGGAAAGAAGGGAGAAAGCUGGAGAGAAAGGAGAGUCAAGGGAAGAGAGCUAGGAAAGAAGAUGAUAGCCAGAGAAAAGUGGAAGGUGGGAGAUGGGAGGAGACAAGUCAUAAAGAAGAAAGGAGAGGCAUGGUGAUAGGGAAGGGUAGGUUAGACCUAGAACUGGAAGAAAAAAAGGCCUGAGAUAGUAAACUAAAUUUUGUUGAUAAAAGGAGAAGGGACAAUGAGAGGGAAAAGAAAAAGUGAUGAGGAAAGGAAAGGGAAGGAGAAAAGAGCCAGAGCCCUUUCAGGGGAAAGAGGCGAGGAAGGAAGAUGGCAAUUUGUCUACCUUUGGGCCUAUGGGAGGCAAUGGGGAGUACUGUAGGCCUUCCAGGAACAGGAUCUGUAUUAGUGUGGGGGCCUGUCAUAACAGUGACUGUCAGUAUAGGUCUGCCAGCUCCUCCCUUUCCUGUCCCCAGCACAGAUCUUGUCCCCAAUAUCCCUAUUCCUCCUCUCUCCUCCCCAAAGUCCCACUACUUCUGGCAUACUAGUAUGAUUUGUAUAUUGUUCAUCCUGUCCUGGCCCCUUUAUCAUCUCUUCCCACCAGCAAGUGGACCAGAGUGGCUUACUUGCAAAGAGAUGCAAGGUGGAGAAAGGAAGAAGGAAGGUUAAGGGCUUUGGAAUUGGAGGACUGGAAAGGGGGAAGAGCUUUUGAGGUAAUGGCAAGAUUAAGGAAUCUGGUGGGGCUUGUAGCCUAGGUACUUGCUGUGUGUGUAUAUAUAUGUGUAUUGUGUGUGUGAACAAUUGUGUGUACAUGGGGUUGUACAUGGGGUGUAUACAUGUGUGGGUGUCAGCACAAUGCCUGUGUUACAAGUCUGUGUAGGUGGUGUAUGUAUGUACAUUGUGUAGGAAUGAGGUAUGGAGAUAUGGAAUUAUGCUUUGCAUGUAUACAUAUGUAUGUGCUGGUUUUUUUUUCACUUUGCAUCUGUGUUUUUAACUGUGCUUUUGGUCCAUCUUUGCCCCUGCCUUCCUGUGUCUCUUUCUGGGUACCUAUUCAUAAUCACAUGUGUCUUCUCUGUGUACCUGUGACCUGUUUUUUAGUUCACAGAUAUGUUUUCUUGUGAUCCAUAGGGGGAUGCUAUUUUAUAAUGCCUAGUGAAAUAUUAGCAAGUUAAUGAAUUCUUCUGAUUAUGCUUAAUUCCCCCAAACUACAUAUUCAUUUGUUUAAAGUUAAACUUUAUGUUUUAAUUAGAGAUGUUUCAGACUGAAACAAGUAUUGGCUGAGCUAGUUUUAGAAUACUAAAGACCCAGGUAGUCUAACAUAGUUAUGGAAUGUGAAUUGGUUCUUAUCAGACCUUUAAUCAACUUAGCACCUGUUAAGUUAAAAAAAAUGUUUAAUUGAAGUAUAAACAGAAGAGUAAUGAAUUUGCUAAUUGUUCUUGACCCUUAUAGAAUAGUAAACAUGAUUUAGGAGGUAGGAAGAAGCAAAUGGGACCAAUGGGAUCAGCAGUGUGAAUAGAGGAUGUGUACAUUCUGUUUGUGGGGACAUGUGUUGAAGGUUACAGUCUAUCUGCAUGUCAGAUGCUGUGUAUUUUCAUGGAGUUAAAUAUGUCUUCCUAUAGCAGGCUCACAUUUGUAUUUAAAGGGCUAAUAAGUGUAUAGUCCCCAUGUUAUAGCAUUCACACAAUUAAGCACACAUUCCCACAUUAGCACUUCUCAUGUGGGUGUCUGAGUCUAAGCAUGUAUUUAUUGCCAUGUUGUGCUCACCUAUGUUUCUGGGUCUAAGCAUGUGUUACCAUAUUUCAGUGCUCAAGGCUAUCUGUAGAUCUGAUAAACAUAGUCUCACAUAUUUUCCAUGUUCUCUCCACACAUGUACCUGUACAGUUGUGUCCUCAUGAUACACACAUAUGUUCCUAAAGAACCAAGUAUAUGUUCUCCUGUCAUGGUGUUAAUAUGUCAAUGCAGGCCUCUUGCACUGAUAUUUUAGAGGUGCAUGCAAGCUAUCUCUCCCAUUCGGGGCCAAUUUUUAACCACUAAGGCAGAUCUUUAUAAAGUAAAAAAGAUGGUCCUCCUUUCCCCUCUCACUGCUCUGGGAUACACAGAGUUAACAGACUGCUGCUCUUCCUGCUCACUCCCCCCCCUUAGCCUGUAGCUUCUUGUUGCUGUGGUGAUGGUGGCCCCGCCCCUGAUGCAGCACCUGCCCCCCCAUUGGCUGCAGUGGUGACUGUGGGGCUGGGUGGGGGGAGCCCUGGGCCUGGGCAGCCAUUCUGGAGCUGGAGCCGGAGCUUUAGCAUCCCCCCUUAAGCCCCUCUGCAUUCCCUCAAACCUUUUUCCUAGCCUUCCAAAUUCCCUGGGAUCCAUUAGCUUCAACAUCCAUCCCCCCUGAUCAUUCCCCAGUAACCUCCUGGGGGUCAGAGCCUUAUCGGCAUUCAACCUACCUGCUUUGCCCUUCCCCCUACUUGGGAGCCCCAAUAUCCCCCCAGCCAACCUCAGUUUCUUCUCCCCUUCCCCAUCUUUGUCCAUCUUUUUUCCCCACCCCCUCUCCAGAGUCCUGACUACUGCAGUAGAGGUGGAAUCAGUCUCUUCUACCCACUACCCAUUUUACUCCCAACCAUUUCUCUCUUUUAGGAUUCUUCCAUCUCUAUCCUUCCUCCUCUAACCCACAUACCCCCUCUAGGUCCCCAUCGGCCUGGUGACAGCUCUCCCACCCCUUCCCAGGCCAAGGAGGGGGGAAAUGGGGGGCUGCCCUAGCACUCUGAAUAAGCAAGGCCCCCAGGAAGGAGGAGCAGGUUGAUGUCUCUAGCUGGAGGGGGACAAGCUGCCUAGGGGAACUGACAUUUGACCUACCUCCUCUCCAGCUAUGUCCCCUGAAGGAAUAGGAGGGAGGGUACCAGAGAGACAGCCUCCCUAAUCAGCAGAUAUAUUUCACUGCCCAGGAUCUCUCUGACCCCACUAGCUAUGUCUUCCUACUGACUGCCAGCCAAAAUGAUAGGCAUAGGGCCUCCCACCCCUUCCUUGUCUGGGGGCUCUGGCUCGAGUUCUUUACCCCCACCUUCUCGCUGCCAUCACCGCUGCUGUUCCUGCUGCUUUCCGGGGGAAUACCACCUGGGUCGCUCCAGGAGGAAGAGUGUCCCUGGAGGGAAGCAAUACAGCAUGGAGGCCGCCCCCGCGGCCCCUUUCCGGCCCUCGCAAGGCUUCCUGAGCCGGAGGCUGAAAAGCUCCAUCAAACGCACAAAGUCGCAGCCCAAACUUGACCGGACCAGCAGCUUUCGACAGAUCCUGCCUCGAUUCCGCAGCGCUGACCAUGACCGGGCCCGGUUGAUGCAAAGUUUUAAGGAGUCCCAUUCCCAUGAGUCCUUGCUGAGUCCUAGCAGUGCAGCUGAAGCCUUGGAGCUCAACCUGGAUGAAGACUCUAUAAUCAAGCCUGUGCACAGCUCUAUCCUGGGCCAAGAGUUCUGCUUUGAGGUGACAACAUCAUCAGGAACUAAGUGUUUUGCCUGUCGCUCUGCAGCUGAGAGGGACAAAUGGAUCGAAAAUCUUCAGAGGGCAGUGAAACCCAACAAGGACAACAGUCGGCGUGUGGACAAUGUGUUGAAGCUGUGGAUCAUAGAGGCCCGGGAACUGCCUCCCAAGAAGCGGUAUUAUUGCGAACUGUGCCUGGAUGACAUGCUCUAUGCUCGAACCACCUCCAAACCUCGGGCAGCUGCUGGUGAUACUGUUUUCUGGGGUGAACACUUUGAGUUCAACAACCUGCCAGCUGUGCGCUCACUUCGACUGCAUCUCUACCGUGACUCGGACAAAAAACGCAAGAAAGACAAAGCAGGCUAUGUGGGCCUGGUGUCCGUGCCUGUGGCCAGCUUGGCUGGCCGACAUUUCACUGAGCAAUGGUUUCCUGUCAGCCAGCCAGCAGGCAGUGGUGGUUCUGGGGGUGCUGGAGGUGGCUCUGGAGGGGGAGGGGGUUCAGGAGGUGGCUCAGGGGGCAAGGGCAAAGGAGGCUGUCCUGCUGUUCGGCUGAAAGCACGAUAUCAGACGAUGAGCAUCCUACCUAUGGAGCUGUACAAGGAAUUUGCUGAGUAUGUCACCAAUCACUAUCGAAUGCUGUGUGCUGUACUAGAGCCUGCACUGGGUGUUAAGGGCAAAGAAGAGGUGGCCUGUGCCCUGGUGCACAUUCUGCAGAGUACAGGCAAGGCUAAGGAUUUCCUUUCUGAUAUGGCCAUGACAGAGGUGGACCGAUUCUUGGAGCGAGAGCACCUCAUAUUCCGCGAGAACACACUCGCUACUAAAGCCAUAGAAGAGUAUCUGAGACUGAUUGGUCAGAAAUACCUCAAGGAUGCCAUUGGGGAGUUCAUCCGAGCUCUGUAUGAGUCUGAGGAGAACUGUGAGGUUGACCCCAUUAAGUGCACGGCAUCCAGUCUGGCUGAACACCAGGCCAACCUUCGUAUGUGCUGUGAGUUGGCCCUCUGCAAGGUGGUCAACUCCCACUGUGUGUUCCCGAGGGAGCUGAAGGAAGUCUUUGCAUCAUGGCGACUUCGAUGUGCAGAGCGGGGUCGAGAGGAUAUUGCUGACAGGCUAAUCAGCGCCUCACUUUUCCUACGCUUCCUGUGCCCAGCUGUCAUGUCCCCCAGCCUCUUUGGCCUUAUGCAAGAAUAUCCUGAUGAGCAGACAUCACGUACCCUUACCCUCAUCGCCAAGGUCAUACAAAACCUGGCCAACUUUACAAAGUUUGGCUCAAAGGAAGAGUACCUGGCAUUUAUGAAUGAAUUCUUGGAGCUAGAGUGGGGAUCCAUGCAACAGUUCCUAUAUGAGAUUUCCAACCUGGACACACUCACCAAUAGCAGCAGCUUUGAGGGAUACAUUGACUUAGGUCGUGAGCUUUCCACACUGCAUGCCUUGCUCUGGGAAGUGUUGCCACAGUUGAGCAAGGAAGCACUCCUAAAGCUGGGCCCACUGCCACGGCUUUUGAAUGAUAUAAGCUUAGCACUGAGGAAUCCUCAUAUUCAGAGGCAGCCCAGUCGUCAAGGGGAGCGAUUACAGGCCAAGCCCAUGGUACUUCGUGGGCCAUCUGCUGAGCUACAGGGCUACAUGAUGAGGGACCUCAACAGCUCCAUCGACCUUCAGUCCUUCAUGGUUCGAGGCCUCAACAGCUCCAUGGACAUGGCCCGCCUCCCCUCCCCAACCAAGGAAAAACCUCCACCACCACCCCCUGGAGGGGGUAAGGACCUGUUUUUUGUGAGCCGUCCACCCUUGGCCCGCUCAUCCCCAGCCUACUGCACAAGUAGCUCAGACAUCACUGAGCCAGAACAGAAGAUGCUAAGUGUCAACAAAAGUGUAUCAAUGCUAGACCUACAGGGUGAUGGACCGGGUGGUCGCCUCAAUAGCAGUAGUGUUUCCAACUUGGCUGCUGUUGGGGACCUUCUUCAUUCCAGCCAGGCUUCCCUCACUGCUGCCCUUGGGCUCCGGCCUGCACCUGCUGGGCGCCUCUCUCAGGGCAGUGGCUCCUCCAUUACAGCUGCUGGCCUUCGACUGAGCCAGAUGGGUGUCACCACUGAUGGUGUCCCUGCUCAGCAGUUGCGCAUCCCACUGUCCUUCCAGAACCCACUCUUCCACAUGGCAGCUGAUGGUCCUGGUCCUCCAGGGGGCCAUGGAGGAGGAGGUGGCCAUGGUCCACCUUCCUCUCAUCACCACCACCAUCAUCAUCACCAGCACCACCACCGAGGUGGGGAGCCCCCUGGGGACACCUUUGCUCCUUUCCAUGGCUAUAGCAAGAGUGAGGAUUUGUCUUCUGGGGCUCCCAAGCCACCUGCUGCCUCCAUCCUGCAUAGCCACAGCUACAGUGAUGAGUUUGGUCCUUCAGGCACUGAUUUCACUCGACGGCAGCUCUCACUCCAAGACAACCUCCAGCACAUGUUGUCCCCACCCCAGAUCACCAUAGGCCCUCAGAGGCCAGCUCCUCCAGGUCCCGGAGGAGGGGGUUCUGGAGGAGGAGGAGGAGGAGGAGGAGGAGGAGGAGGGGGACAGCAGCCCCCACUGCAGAGGGGCAAAUCCCAGCAGUUGACAGUCAGUGCUGCCCAGAAGCCCCGACCAUCUAGUGGAAACUUAUUGCAGUCACCAGAACCCAGUUAUGGUCCUGCCCGUCCCCGGCAACAGAGCCUCAGCAAAGAGGGAGGAGGAGGGGGCAGUGGGGGCAGCAGCGGUGGAGGAGGGGGUGGGGGGCUUAAGCCCUCCAUCACUAAACAGCACUCUCAGACACCUUCCACACUGAACCCCACGAUGCCAGCUUCAGAACGGACAGUUGCUUGGGUCUCCAACAUGCCUCAUCUGUCAGCUGACAUUGAGAGUGCGCACAUUGAGCGAGAAGAAUACAAGCUGAAGGAGUACUCUAAGUCUAUGGAUGAAAGCCGGCUUGAUAGGGUGAAGGAGUACGAGGAGGAGAUCCAUUCGCUGAAGGAGCGACUGCAUAUGUCCAACCGGAAGCUGGAGGAGUAUGAACGGAGGUUGCUGUCCCAGGAGGAACAGACUAGCAAGAUUCUGCUGCAGUAUCAGGCCAGGCUGGAGCAGAGUGAGAAGAGGUUGAGGCAACAGCAGGUGGAGAAGGACUCACAGAUCAAGAGCAUCAUUGGCAGGCUGAUGCUGGUGGAGGAGGAGCUGCGCCGGGACCACCCCGCCAUGGCUGAACCGCUGCCUGAGCCCAAGAAGAGGCUGCUCGACGCUCAGGAGAGGCAGCUUCCCACCCUGGGUCCAGCAAACCCGCGUGUGACGCUGGCCCCCCCCUGGAAUGGCCUGGCUCCCCCACCCCCGCCACCCCCACCCCGGCUACAGAUCACAGAGAACGGCGAGUUCCGAAACACCACGGACCACUAGUCCACCCAGCCUCAUUGACAUCUCUCAAUCCUACCACUACCAUCCCCAACUCUGGACCAUCGACUGCCGCAGAGACCAGAUGUCGCCGAGGGACCAAGGGACUGACUUCUCUGUGGGAAUGAUUCCCACCCCUACCCACCAUUCUUCUGGGAGGGGGCUGGGGACCCUCAAAACACUCCUUCCCUUUCUGCUGGGGCAAUGCCUCCUGUAUGUCUCCCCAGGGCCCUCCUUUGAGGGCCUUUGCCUCUCAUACAUCUCCCUUCCACUCUGGGGUGCUAUCCCCAUCUUCUGCCUCAUUCCCACUCCCCUGAGAACCGGGGGACAGUUCCCACUCCCAUCUUGGGGGUGUGACACCUCCAAACUCUCAACUUCAGGGUGAUUUUUUAGCUGUAACCAGAGCCGACAAUCUAACUUCCUCCUGUCCCCCCAUUUUGGCCUCCCCUGCCCCCCUUGUUAUGGGGAGGGGUCCCCAGAUGGGGGUCCCAGUCCCCUUUGAUUUCUCAGGAGCGCCUGGGGGGGCUCAGCACGCACAAACUCCCUCUCCUUCCACCACUCUUCUUAAACUCACUCCCUCCCACCUUGACCCUAGAUGGGGAGGAGGGGGCCACUAGGGGCAGGGAAGGAGGGGUUGGGCAGGGGGGAUGGGAGUCUUCUCCCCUUCCUCCCACACCUGAUCUGCUCUUGGCUGGUCCCAGAGCGGGGUGAGGGGUCUUAUGCCCCAGCCUCCCCUGGUGUGUUGGGUGGGUGGGUGGGAGAA